AUGGCAACCUCGCUUCCGUACCACGAGCCAGGAAUCGUCACAAUCCUUAUCCAGACGUCCUUCCUUCUCCUCCUCAAUGUCGCCAACUUUGUGCUCGAUCAUAGUGUCUACUGUGGCCUCCUCGGGCAGAUAUUCGUAGGAGUAGCUUGGGGAACGCCCGGAGCCAAAUGGCUGAGCGAAGAAGCUGAGCAGGUUGUUGUCCAAUUGGGCUAUCUUGGAUUGCUGCUCUUGGUAUAUGAAGGCGGCCUGUCAACCUCUUUAGGUGCCCUCAGGGCCAAUCUUUGGCUAUCUUCAUGCGUUGCCAUUACCGGUAUUAGCGUGCCCAUGGGCCUCUCCUUCGUCUUCCAGAAGCUCAGUGGUGCAACGCCUCUUCAGGCGUUUGCUGCCGGUGCAGCGUUAUGUUCUACGAGCCUUGGUACGACAUUCACUGUGCUUCGAUCAACUGGUCUGAUCACGUCCAGGCUCGGUGUCGUGCUCACCAGUGCCGCCAUGAUGGAUGACGUCGUCGGCCUUGUCAUGGUCCAGAUCAUCUCCAAUUUGGGGUCGUCCGGUGCUGAGAUAAGUGCCAUCACUAUCGUUAGGCCGCUUCUAGUAUCCAUCGCAUUUGCCGUAUGCGCUCCUGUUGUUUGUGUCUUUGUGGCCAAGCCGUUCACUCUGUGGUUGAACUCUUGGAGGGUGAAACAUCCCCUAGGACACAUCAAUCAAAUUUGCAACAAGAGAGGGACACCAUGGGUCAUUCAUACCUUUAUUUUGGUUGGCUGUAUCACUGGGUCAACAUACGCAGGCACUUCUAAUUUAUUCGCUGCCUAUAUUGCGGGCGCAGCCAUCAAAACAUCACCUCCAGUGCAAAAUCAAGCCUCUGGACAAUCAGAAACAGAUUAUACUAUGAUUUCUCAACAUACUGAUUCAGAACCCCAGAGAUCAGAUGCCUCUGGAAUGGCUACUUUCGAAAGGUAUUAUAUGCAGCCCCUCGAAAGGAUCUUGAAGCCAUUCUUCUUUGCAUCCAUUGGCUUCUCUAUCCCAAUCACCGAGAUGUUCAAAGGCUCCAUUGUAUGGAAAGGGAUCGUAUAUACCGCUCUGAUGAUGGUCGGCAAAUUACUAUGCGGCGCUUGGCUCCUUCGCAUCUCCAUCGCCUCUCUUCUGCCCACCAAAUUAUUAGACUUUGUCAAGCAUCCCAAACUACAAAUGGCACAUUUCUGGGGUCGAGUUCACGAAAAGCCCAAGACAUCCCCUAACACAGCCUCUUCGCACGCAACCCAAAUCCAGGAGCCUUCGUCAGCAUCUCAAUCUAGCCGAGAGGUAGUCACGCAAACGACACCCUCUCAUUCUGAUCCUGCUGGAACCAAUCCGCGAUCAAUCUACCCUGCUUCUAUAUUGGGCUGUGCAAUGACUGCUCGCGGCGAGAUUGGCUUCUUGAUUUCAUCCAUUGCGGAAAGUAACAAGAUAUUCUCUUCGUCGCCGACUGACAGCGGAAAGAGUUCGGAAAUAUUCCUCAUUGUUACGUGGGCGAUAAUGCUGUGCACAAUCCUAGGACCUCUAUCGCUGGGACUUACUGUGAGACGAGUGAAGCAGCUACAGCAGGGCAUUGAGAAGCAAGAUCGCCUGGUUCAGAAAGAUGUGCUUGGUGUCUGGGGUGUUUCUUGA